CCAGCCGUUAUUGGCGAUUGUGUGAGCUAGCCGGCCAGCUUUGGAUGACUCUGAUGCACUAAGAUAAGAUGGUGUUGACCCUAGCUUGGAAGGUGGUGCUGGUGGCUGCUGCUAAGAAGGCCACAGUGUAUGCGUUGGGGAGGACAUAUGGUUUCCCCCGAAUAUAUCGUCGUAUGGUAGAGUUUAACAAGAGGAAUUUAUCUGAUCGCUCGAGGAGAAAAACUAUUCAGAGCAAAGUCAAGUACUUCUUUAGAAUUCCUAACAAAGUUGGCAGCAGACUGGCUGUGUGGAUGUGGGGAGAGGAGGGUUUGAGGUCUAUCAAGAAAUAGAUAUAUCCAACCAUCCCAACUGUCAGAACAAACCCUCAUUACCAGUUAGCUGUUUCAUCACCCUCCCAUAUUGUUGUGUGUGUUACUAUUGUGCGUGUACUGCAUUUCUUGUUUGUUUA